CUUUGACAUAGUCUACCCCGUCCCCAUUGCUAGUUUCAGGGUAUAGAUCCAAUAACGACACGGAAGCAUGUCCAUCCCACGUUACGUAUACCUCUCCAGCCUCGUUUGAAGUUUGGGCCGCUGAGUUUGAGAUUCAGGGGUAGCACCGCCCCCAAGGUUUUCUUGUUUUGGAUUCUUUUGGCUUUGUUCCAAGGCUGGCUGUGCUAGGCAUCUGAAUAAGGAGCAGGCCAGGCCAGACCAGACCAGACCGGUCAAUACAGAAGCUACGGCAUUCCCAAUGCCUGAUGGCCGUUGGCCGGGAACUCGGUCGCUAGCGGACCAAGUCCGGGGUAGAGCAUUUCGGCAUCCGGAACCCCGUUCUCUCCGACGCCGGAUGCUGGCGUGGCCUCCUCCCGGUCAGAGACGAGACACGACCACGACCAACGCGGAUCGAGGAGUUAUCGUAUUGUAAGAGAUCAUCCCCACUAUGUUGAUGACGGCGAUGUUUGAUCUGCGAGAGCACUGGCUAGUGCUCGCAUGCCAAGUCAUCGCUAGUCUCGAAAGUUAGAUAGUUUCUGUGCAUGUGGCCUGGAGAAACGGAGGGUCCGCGGAGGCUGAAAAGUUGCUUCCGUUGCCGCUUAUACAUUCUUCAGGACAGCUUAAGGUUAGUUCUACCUGACGGAUUGUACCUUAGGCUAAGAGAGAAACGCCAGGCCUUCUCACGGAAGAAUACCAAGCUCUCAAAUAGACGGCUUCUCUACCUCGAGCACACCAACAAUUCACCCAGCACCUUCCCUUUAGCCUAAAAGUGGCUCGAAGAUUUUGGCAUUUACCCCCCGCUGAGCAACUCCGUGCUUAUUGCGGGGUUCCAACGUCAUGCCAGCCCGGCCAUCCCACAAUUUCUCCGGAAACCCCCUCCAACAUAAGUAUUUCAUAUUCACCUUUAUCUCUACUUUGACGUUGAUAAAAUCUCCAUCGCAAUCACUACCACCGUCCGUUAAAUAACACCAAUAGCACCAGCGCCAUGUCUGCCCCCGAACAGGCCGAAUUCACUUUCCUGCCUCUCGGCGCUAUCAUCCAAGAAUUCCGCGUCGGUGGCCACAACAUCGUGCUUGGCUUCCCCACGCAGGACCAAUAUGUCAAGUACAACACUGCACAUUACGGCGCGACCAUUGGCCGCGUGGCCAACCGUAUCAAGAACGGCGUGAUCAAUGACCUGAACGAACAAUCAAUCCAAUUGGCCAAGAACAAUGGUCCCAAUGCCUUGCACGGCGGCCCUACGGGCUGGGGCAAGCGCGUCUUCGAUGGCCCACAUAAAGUCCAGCGCCAUGGUAGCGAUGCCCUCCUAUUCAAGUACCUUUGCAAGCACGGCGAGGAGGGAUACCCCGGAACCCUUGAGGUGCGCGUGUGGUACACGGCCAGCAAGGAGGGCGAAGCGACCACCGUCUUGACAGCCGAGUACGAAGUCGAAUUUGUCGGCGAUGAAGUCGAAGAGACAGUCGUCAACAUCACAAACCACAGCUACUUCAAUAUCGGCGACGGUCCCACCAUCACCGGUACAACCGCAGAACUCGCUACCGCAGACUAUCUCCCCUUGGACGACACCGGCAUUCCAACGGGAGGUAUCGCGAAGUUCCCCCGCGACGUAACAACCCCCUUCACACUCGCCGCGACAGGCCCACACAUCGACGACGUCUUCGUCAUGGAAACCGACCCAACCAAGAUCCCUCUCGACACGCGUAGCUUGCCCCUGCGCCGUCUCGCACAGUUCAACCACCGUAGUACCGGCCUGCAUCUGGAAGUGCACAGCACCGAGCCGGCGUUCCAGUUCUACACGGGCAAGUACAUUAAUAUCCCCGAGAUUGACGGUCGGCCGGCGCAGACUGAGGGGUCAGGCUUCUGUGUGGAACCGAGUCGGUAUGUGAAUGCGAUUAAUGAGCCCGAGUGGCGGAAUAUGGUUCUGUUGAAGAAGGGGCAGGUGUUUGGUUGUAAGAAUGUGUACAAGGCGUGGAAGGAGUGAAGCGGAAAGUGAAAAAGGAUGCCGUACGAACAGUUCUGUACUCUCUAAGUUUCUUAGAGCAGUAUCUUUGAGAUGCCGAGCUUGGACCGAGAGAUCGCCGACUCGUCCGAUGGAAAAACUUAAUAGAAGCUGAAGUUUGUGGGUUGACUUCGUUCUAUUACGGGAAUAUGACACUAUUCCUCCCAGUUUACUCACUCGCAUCGAUAACCUUUUCCGAACAUGUACUUCUGUAUAAUGUCAGCGGCAAUUCGAUGUCUUAGAUCUAGACCAGACCAUGGGGUACAAACAUCUUGCCACCUCAUGUCCAUCUGCCUCUGUAACCUCGGCACCCGACUCUGGUGGGCGAAUCCCGCCGUGCCGAGCCGAGUUGCGCUGUUAUCUCCGUGACCUCAACCCGAUCCGCGGAUCUUUCGUUUCGGCAGCCCGCCCUGCGAGACUCGGCGGGUCCAGCUCGGG